AUGCAUGAUAUUCAAGCUUAUCUUUGGCCAACUCCAAAUGCACUUGAGGAACUUAAUGUUCCUUAUGACCUUCACUUGAUUAACAUCGGUAAAAAUGAGCAAUUCGCUCCAGAAUUUCUAAAAAUUUCUCCAAAUAAUAAAAUUCCCGCCAUAAUUGAUCAAAAUCCUCCGUCAGAAUUUGGUGAAGGUGCUCUCCCCAUAUUUGAAAGUGGUGUAAUCCUUCAAUAUUUGGCCGAUUAUAAAAAAGGUGAGGGUGCUCCAGAUUUGUACCCUAAAAAUCCUCGUGAGAGGGUUAGAGUCAACGAAUGGUUAACUUGGCAAGUUGGUGGGCUUGGCCCGAAUAUGGGUCAAUUAAAUCAUUUCUCUUCUACGAAUAUUGAUUAUGCUAAAGAGCGUUUUUCGAAAGAAGUUGAUCGAUUACUCGGAGUCAUGAACAAGCGCCUUGGAGAAUAUAAAUAUCUUGCCGGUGAUAACUACACCAUUGCUGAUAUAGCAUCAUACAAUUGGGUUAUAUAUAAUGAUAAAGCAAAGGCUGCGGAUACUCCUUUUCCAAACAUAAAGGGAUGGUUAGAACGUAUUAGUGAAAGACCCGCCGUAAAGAAAGCAAUGGAAAAGGCUACAAUUCCAAAAUAG